AUGCCCAGUCCUUGCGGUGCCAUUCCUGCCCUGCUGGAACUCCUGCUCCUGUCUCCGUCGCCGUUGCCAUCGCCCCGUAUUUGUGGCGUCGUCCUCCCCGGAAUGGCGGCGGUUCUCGCCCUCAGCUCGCUCUCCUGCUGUGCCGUCAACAGCGACUUUUCAAACGCCUCGAUCGUCAUGCUCAAGCUCUGCUGCCUCGACCCGCUGAUCGUGAGGGUGUCUCUCUUGGCACCCACCGACUGUAUCACAACCCCGAUGGGCUUGGGCAUGCUCACAACGGCGCCGGCGCCGGCGCCAGCACUGCCGCCCACCAAACCUGCCACAUCCGUGGUCUUGUCGUGCCCACUCCCGCUCCGGCUCAACCCCGUCCCCUCAUCGGUCGACAUCGCCGGCGACGGCAACCCUCCUCCCGGUGGCCGAACAGGCCUCAGCCCAUCAUCCCUGCUCCCCUUGGUCGACCUGGGCGGCGACGGGAGCGCCGUGGUGGGCGGCGGGCCGGCGAAGCCCUCGAGUGGCGACAACAGCGGCGGGCUCGAGCUGUUGACCUGCGUGAUGACCACGGGCUUGUUUUCAUCGGCCUCCUCGGCUCCGGCCGGCCGACCACCGCUCUCGACCAGGAUCUUGGGCGACUUUGCCGCGGCCGGCACGGUGGCGUUGCGCCCAGGGUUUACCCACUGUCUGCUCCUGUCCUCGCCGUGCGACGUGCCGGGCCUGGCGGGGAGCCCAUCGCCGCCGAGCGGCGGCGGCCGCUUCAGGCUCGUCGUGCUGCCGUUGCCCAGCCGCAUGCCAAACAUGUCGGGCCGCGGCAGCGCGUGGCUGUCUGCCCGGGGCCGGUUCCUGCUAUCACUGCGGGGCGGGAACUCGUGCGCGUUGCCGCCAUACGUCGGCAGGAGCGGUGACGUGUUGGCGCGCAUCGACGCCGACGUCCCCGGGCGCGGGCCGAGGACCGGCGGCCGCGGUAUGUCGUGGAAACUACUGCUGCUGCUGCUCAUGUUGUUCUUCUUGUCAUCGCUCGUUGGGAGCAUCCACGGUGCCGGGGCCGAGGCCACGUGCACCGCGGCGGCGGCGGCCACCAUUGCCGUCGUCUUGGGGAGGGCAUUCCCGUUUGUGUUGUCUUGGGAGGAUUUCCUAAUAGAAUGGAUGCAAAAGGAGCGGACGACCCUGUUCUCGUCGCCGUGA